UCCUUUAUUCAAAAAAUACAGGCACAUUCUCAUCAAACUAGGUUACGACAUAUAAAUCCAUAAACGGUUUUUAGGGGACCGCCUAUAAAUUACGUACGUACGUACGCAAGAAUCUCAACCUGAAUAACUAAUCUGUUCUCUACAAGUACAUUUACGAAUGUAUGUACGUGUAAAACAGUAACGCUGAAAUUUUUUCAGCUUAAGCUCUAUUUCACCUUCAUAGACAUCUAGUAUUCCUGUACAAAAUUUGUGGAUGACCCCUAACUACAAAGAAAAAAAAACUAAUCAAAACGCAAAAAGAACCCUUGCAUGAAUAUGCAGCUAUUUGUGCAGAAUUUAUAAAUGCAAUUAUAAUUUAUAAAUUUAUAAAUUUAGAAUUAAUUUGUAAAAACGUGUUCAGAAAAUUCACAAAAACCUAGCGCAAUUAAUUUCGUAACUAAUUUAAUUUAAUAAUAUACAGGUGUUUACAUCAAAAUCCGGAGGGUUGGCAAAAUUAUCUGUUUCUCUGGCCAAGAGUUGCGCGUCUCCUGGAGACAUGAUAUCUUUUUCGGUCCUUAUCGAGAACGGGUUAAGACUUCCGUUGGGUUCGGUGAAAAUGGUGUUCCAACAGAACGUCAGCUAUGCUUUCGGUUGCACAAAGCUAUUCUCGAAACAGAUGCAGGACCAAGAAAUUGUAGUACUUCAACAAGAGGAAGGACCAUUAAUUCCACCCGGCCCAAAGCGGGUAAUUUCAUGGGCAUGCAAUUUCAAAGUUCCACACAGCCCUCCCUCAAAUUUGGGGGCCGCUGGGUGCAAUCUCAUCAAAUUGACGUAUUGCAUAAUUGUUACGGUUGCUAAAUUUGUCAAUUUGCAAAUAGUUGUCCCCAUUCACGUCGGAACGCCUGUACGAGAUGACACCGUAAACUGGGAGGAAGUCUCCCUCGCCUACGGGGCCCACUUGCGACGCAGCCUUUCCGAACAUUCCCUGGCGGCUUGGACGACAUCCGAUACGUCCUCGUCCUCAUGGUCUUUGAUGGACAGUGGUGAUGAUGCUGACCGUACAGCGUGUGCCUCCUCGACCCAGGGUUGACGUCUAUAAUUCUCAGUGUUAAUUCUUA